GUUUUUUUUGUUGAUCUUUUUCUGCAAACCUACAUACUUCCCAAAAAACGAUGCCCAUAUCGUCGGAGGUUGAUUUGACCGAGGUGUUUUUCAAUGAAGAAGAUCUUCCAUAUGAGGAGGAAAUUCUGAGAAAUGCCUAUUCGGUUAAACACUGGAUGCGCUAUGUUGAGCAUAAACGAAAUGCACCGAAGUUUGUUAUCAACACAGUGUUUGAGCGUGCUCUGAAAGAACUGCCCGGAUCUUACAAGUUGUGGUACAACUACCUGAAAACAUUACGAAGGCAAGUCAAAGGGAAAUGCAUUACCGAUCCGGAGUACGAGGAAGUUAAUAACGCCUUUGAGCGAUCGCUAGUGUUUAUGCACAAAAUGCCUCGAAUCUGGAUGGAUUAUUGCAGCUUUAUGACAGCACAGUGUCGGAUAACACGCACCAGACAGGUUUUUGAUAGAGCCCUGAGAGCUUUGCCAAUCACUCAACAUCAACGAAUCUGGCCAUUGUAUUUGGAAUUUCUGAGUAAGUUUGACAUCCCAGAAACGGCCGUACGAGUUUGGCGACGGUUCCUGAAACUGUGUCCGGAGGAUGCCGAAGAAUAUGUGGAGUUUCUAAUUUCGAUCGGUCACUUGGACGAAGCAGCACAGCAAUUGGCAAGCAUAGUUGAUAAUGAAAGUUUUGUUUCAAAACAUGGCAAAUCAAACCAUCAGUUGUGGAAUGAGCUUUGCGAGUUGAUUUCAAAAAAUCCCGACAAGGUGCACUCACUGAAUGUUGAUGCUAUAAUUCGUGGAGGUUUGAGAAGAUAUACCGAUCAAUUGGGUCAUUUGUGGAAUUCGCUAGCUGAUUACUACGUUCGUAGUGGUCUGUUUGAUAGAGCUAGGGACAUCUACGAAGAAGCUAUUCAAACUGUUACGACGGUUCGGGAUUUCAGUCAAGUAUUCGAUGCAUAUGCUCAAUUUGAAGAGUUAAGUUUAAGCAAAGUCAUGGAGGAAUUGGCCAAAAAUUCUAACCCAACCGACGAUGACGAAAUCGAUAUUGAACUUCGAAUGGCUCGUUUCGAGUAUUUGAUGGAACGAAGACUUUUACUAUUGAAUAGUGUUCUAUUGCGUCAAAAUCCCCAUAACGUGGCAGAAUGGCACAAACGAAUUGAACUGUACGAAGGGAAACCACACGAGAUUAUUAAUACCUACACGGAAGCAGUUCAUACGGUGCAGCCGAAGUUAGCUGUUGGUAAACUUUACACGCUGUGGGUGGAAUUUGCGAAAUUCUAUGAACAAAAUAACCAACUACCGGAUGCUCGCAUCGUGUUUGAAAAAGCAGUCCAAGUUGACUAUUUGAAGGUAGAUGAAUUGGCCAGUGUUUGGUGCGAAUGGGCUGAAAUGGAAAUCCGAGCGGAGAACUUCGACGACGCUUUGAAGAUAAUGCAAAGGGCCACUGCCAUGCCCAAGCGGAAAGUUGCCUAUCACGAUGACACCGAAACGGUACAGAUGAGAGUGUACAAAAGUCUUAAACUGUGGUCAAUGUACGCUGAUUUGGAAGAAUCUUUCGGAACAUUCCAAACCUGCAAGCAGGUGUACGAUCGAAUCUUGGAUCUCAAGAUCUGCACACCACAAAUCAUCAUAAAUUUUGGUUUGUUUCUAGAAGAACACAACUAUUUUGAGGAGGCAUUUAAAGCGUACGAAAAAGGAAUAUCUCUUUUCAAAUGGCCAAAUGUGUAUGACAUCUGGAAUACUUAUUUAACAAAAUUUUUGAAACGAUAUGGUGGACAAAAGUUGGAACGAGCACGCGACUUGUUUGAACAAUGUCUAGACGGUUGUCCACCUGAGUUGGCUAAAAAUCUCUACCUUCUGUACGCAAAGCUUGAAGAAGAUCACGGCCUUGCUCGACACGCGAUGGCCGUCUACGAGCGGUCCACUACGGCUGUCAAGGAGGAUGAAGCGUUCGCCAUGUUCAAUCUAUACAUUAAGAAAGCAGCUGAAAUCUACGGUAUUCCGAGAACCCGACAGAUCUACGAGAAAGCCAUUGAAGCUCUACCGGAAGCCCAGUCACGGCAGAUGUGCAUGCUGUUUGCCGAAAUGGAAACCAAGCUGGGUGAAAUCGAUCGGGCCCGAGCUAUUUACGCCCAUUGUAGUCAAAUGUGCGAUCCUCGCGUCACUGCAGAGUUUUGGCAAACGUGGAAAGAGUUCGAAAUUCGACAUGGUAACGAAGAUACGAUGCGAGAGAUGCUGCGCAUCAAACGUUCCAUCCAGGCAACCUACAAUACACAAAUCAAUAUGAUGUCGGCUACAUUGAUCAAUUCGGCUGUGACUGGGGCUGGAUCGGAACCGAAGGAUGCCAUGCGGGCACUGGAAACGAAGGCCGCCGAAACUGCAUCUCGUGCUAUUGCGGCAGUGGGUGCCAGCGGUGGGAAUAUUAUGUUCGUACGUGGGGAAACGCAAGGGGGCUCAAAGAAGGACGACAAAGUUGUCAAUCCGGAUGAGAUUGAUAUUGACGAAGACGAGGAUGAAGAUGAGGACGAAACAAACGAAACAGAAGGCGCUGGUGAAGAAGAGGACAUUAGAAAGAAAAUGCCAGUGCAAAAGCAAGCUGUUCCAGCGAAAGUAUUUGGUAGUUUACGAAAAGAAGAUGAAGAAGACGACUAUGAUUAAAAGUAUG